UGCACCCUUAUGUUUGUGGCUUUCUAACCUAUACAUCAUACAUACAGAGCAACAAGUGCUUAGCCAGUCAGUUUACUAUUGUGUAUUGUUCUUCUUCUUGGCAGUUAUUUCGUUAUUUAUUGUGAAAUGAGGAUAUGUUAUUUGUAAAAACAAUAGAGAGCUGAACGAGACUUGGAUAUAUUUGUUCUUGAAAGAAUAAAAUUUAAAGUUAUUCCAAUAAUGGCAGAGAUGAUGGAAAUAAAUGAGUUCAAAAUUGAUAGCAGUGACGAAGAAGAUAGUACUGACGAAGAAGAUAGUACUGACGAAGAAGAUAGUAUUGGCGAAGAAGAUAGUAUUGGCGAAGAAGAUAGUGCUGCCGAAGAAGUUAGUACUGACGAAGAAGACAGUACCGAUGAAGAAGAUAGUACUGGCGAAGAUAUGUAUUGCGAUAACGAAGCACCAAAAAGAGUGAACCUUAUGGCUAUGUGCGUACCAUUAACAGCGCAUCCAGAUAUAAGGGCUCUUGAUCUUUUCGUUAUGGAUUUAAGCAUAGCGAUAAAACACAAUGCUUCCAUUGAGUCUAUACUAGAUAAAUUUAUAUGGUUGACAAAAUUUUAUCGGAGUAUCAAUCUCCCCAUCACUAAAGAUGACUUAUGGAACAGACUGGGUAUUAAUAAUAAUAACUUAGUUACUUAUUUAUAUUGCCAACUUUGCAAACAAGAGAUUGGAAGCAACCGUGUAAUAGAAAAAGAGUGCAAAUGCGGUAGUUGCGGCCCAAAUCUCGACGAAUCAAACGUUGCAACUUUUAUUCAUAUACGCACAAUUCCUCAGCUACAAGAUCUCUUAAAAAUUCCGAAUAUUGCCGAAUCUUUAAAAUAUAGGGACAACAGGUGUAAAGUAAAUUCAGAUGGCAUUGAAGAUAUUUACGACGGUGAACGGUACAGGCAGCUGAGAAACCCUGGGAAUUUCUUGUCGAAUCCGAACAACUUUUCUCUGUCUCUAUGGACCAAGGGAAUUAAAUUGACAAAGUCGUCUGUCAAAAUGUAUCCUGUCAUGUUGCAGUUAAACGAGUUGUCGCCUUUCUCUCGAACGCAAAAUAUGUUCCUUGCCGGACUUUGGAUAGCAAAGAAAAAUCCAAUCAUGAACUCUAUUCUGCGUCCGAUCUGCAACGAGCUGAGGGAGUUGUAUUCUAACGGAAUUUCUUGGACACCGGAUGGAGAAACUGAGAUAGUGAGUCGAUUUAUAACAACAACAUUUAUAGCAGAUUCAUUGAUGAAGGCGGACGUUUUACGUAUGGAAAAGUGUAAUGAAACGAAUGGAUGUCCUUACUGCUUGGUUCAGGGUCAAAUGGAGGGAAACUGUUGGGUUUAUAAAGCAGGAGAGCACCCGUUACGAACAAGUGACUCAAUACGUAAGUGUGGGUUACAACAUGUCCUUGAAGGAACACCAUUGACAAAUGGUGUAAAAGGCGUUUCGAUUUUAUUUUUAUUGCCUUCAUUUGAUCUCAUUGAGAAUGUGCCGAUAGAUUGCGCUCAUAAUGCAUAUCUUGGAGUUGCCAGAGAAUUGGCUAGACGUUGGUUUACUGAUUCAAAAGAGGAGUGGUAUAUUAGAAAUCCUGAUUCAUUAACAGCAAUUGACGCCAAGUUACUUACCUUCACAUCUUCCAUGAAUAUUUCAAAAAAGCCUUGCAGAAUUCAAUUAUGCGACACGUGGAAGGCGUCUGAGUGGCGUGACUGGCUACUGUAUUUCGCACUUCCAUGCAUCCAGGAACUUUUGCCUCAGCGUUAUUUGUGUCAUUUUGAAAAACUCGUUAACGCUAUUCGCAUUCUUAAUUCCACUUCAAUCAGCCAAGAGGAUUUGACUACUGCUGAUGGCCUUAUUACUUCUUUUGUUCACGACUACGAAAUUCUGUACGGUUUAAAAAACAUGGUGUUCGAUAUUCACCUUCUGAGUCAUCUUACAAAUUCUGUUCGAAAAUGGGGUCCUUUGUGGUCACAUUCGGCUUUACCGUUUGAAUCGCUUGUUAGAAAAGUCGCGAAUUACAUUAAAAGUCCCACUCACGUGGCUGAUCAAGUAUUGUGUAGAUUUUUUAUGCAGAAAUUCGUGAUUGUAGCGCCAAAAAUAUCAACCAUAAGUGAUAGAGCUCGCGGAGGGAUGAAUCGUGUUUUGAAAAAUUGUAAUGUGCACGUGGAAGGGUCGACAGAAGGACAUUACUUCAUUGGUUCAGGAAAAGGAAUGCUUCGUUGCCCUCAGGAAGAAGAAAUCCGAUUAGUAAGAGCUGCUGGGAAGAUUAUUAAUCACGAUAGGAAUAUACAGCUGUUUAAGAAGGCUUGCAUUCAUGGUGUGGAGUACAGGAUUUUCGAGAAUAACGGAAAAAAGUUUUCUAAUCACAUUGUUUUCUCUUCCAAUUUAAAGUUUUUCAAGGUAGAGAAAAUUUUGUCCUACAAACAUGGUGAGAAGAUAGUGGCUGGUAUUAUUGGUAAAUUAUUACACAACGACGGAAUCGUUGACAGAUUGCAACGCCUUGUUGAAACAGAGGAAAAACAUUUCAUCCCUUAUCACGAUAUUAGGUGUCCAGGAUUUAUUAUUUCGAACGAGGAUAGUCUUGCUGCUGUACCACUGACUAAUAUCUGGGAAAGUUAUUAAUUAACGUUAAGGCUAAUUGUGUUCAACAAUAAAGACAAUUAAGAAACUAUUUUUUAUAACAAUAAACUUGUGAUGUUGUGUAUUUCUUAAUACAUCGAGACAGAAAUUGUUCCUUCGCUUGCAGUCCAAGAUCUACAGUAUUAUCUUUUGAAAGAGAAAAUUUACUUUAUCCCCAUAUUUUUUAUACUUAUGUACCACGAUUUCUAGUAAACUUUAUUUGUGAAAAAUUUACGAAUGUCAAACUCAAAUUUAAAAAUGUUAGUUGGUUUAAUGAAUGUAUUUUGAAUUGAAGGUAAAACGCAAUUCUUUAUUUUAUGUUGUUUAUUCGCAAACUAUUCGUAAAAAGAGAAAUGAAUUCUUGAUAGUCAAUUAUUGCUUUUGGUACGAAAGAAUAUUUUUCUAUAAACUUUAUUGUAUGUAAGUACAUAAAUAAAUUGUAAUUUUUGUAAA